GGAGAAUGAAUCCUAUCAAAGUCACGAAAAAUGGCCACCGCGGAGUGGAACCCACUCGGGGAAUGCUAUUUUAAAAAAUCUGAAUUAUAUUUCAUGGAAUGGGCUGAUCUGGUGGAUUUGAGCAAGUUUAUGAUAGCAGUUGCCCCUUAUGGAGGACCUAUAGCGUUAAUCCGUGAUGACAGGAAGGUUACUCGUAUCCCUGGUACAGCCAAGCCUGAGUUGUUCAUCUACACAGCUGUUGGAAAAGAGAUUAGUCAUAUGAGAUGGAGCAGUGGUAAUGUGAUAGCACUGGGCUGGUCAGCCAGUGAAGACCUGCUGUGCGUACAAGAUGAUGGAGUGGUCCUUGUCUAUGACAUAUUCUGCAAUUUUAAGAGGACAUUUGGGAUGGGUCAGGAGGCUAAAGAUACCAAGGUGUUGGAGUGUAGAAUAUUCAGUAGUUUCCAGGGUACAGGUGUGGCUGUGUUAACAUCAUCAUUACGUAUCUUCAUAGUUAAUAGUGUGGAUGACCCACGAAUCAGGCGCCUGGCAGAAGUCCCAGGACUGCAAAAUGCCCCCAGUAGUUGGGCCAUCCUCAAUGUGGAUAGGCAAUCCCGAGCCCUUGUUGCUAAAGAUUCCGAGCUGUUUCUGUUAGACCACGGUGGUCAGUAUCAGGCACAGGAACCCCCAGGGACCCCUGUAGGUGCAUACACUGAGAUGGCUGUGUCCUUUAACAACAAGUUUUUGGCUUUGUUCUCUGACACAGGUAUGCUGUGGAUUGGUUCCUCAGAUCUACAGAAGGUUUACUGCGAAUUUAACACAAAGUGCCCUCAGAGACCAUUACAGCUAGCCUGGUGUGAGACUGGUGCAGUCGUGGCAUACUGGGAGGAGCUGAUGAUUGUGGUGGGACCCGACAAAGACUGGAUCAAGUAUGUAUAUGAUGGGCCUAUACACCUGUCACAGGAAGUAGAUGGACUGAGGGUGAUCGGGAAUUACACUCAUGAGUUUCUACACAGGAUUCCAAAUGUUACAGAACAGAUAUUUAAGAUUGGAUCAAUGUCACCAGGUGCUAUGUUGUUUGAAGCUGCUAAAGAAUUCCAGAAAGGUAGCCAGAAGGCAGAUGAGUAUGUGAGGAUGAUCAAGGACCAGCUCAAUGUGGCUGUAGAGCAGUGUAUCCAGGCAGCUGGUCAGGAGAUUGAAGUCAGCCAACAGAAACAGCUACUCAGGGCGGCCUCCUUUGGGAAGUGUUUCUUGACGGACUAUCGCCCAGAAGCCUUUGUGAACAUGUGUCAAAUGUUGCGGGUUUUGAAUGCCGUAAGGGACCACACCAUAGGGAUUGGCAUCACCUACAAUCAAUUGAAGAACCUGACCGUGACUGUACUCAUAGAUAGGCUGGUCCUGAGGAAACUCUUCCCUCAUGCUAUCAGGAUUUGUCAGUUCCUCAAAAUACCAGACUCUGAGGGAGCCAGUCGCAUCCUGGCUCACUGGGCCUGCUAUAAGGUUCAGCAGGCGUAUGAGGAUGAUGAGUCUAUAGCCCAGGCCAUUGCCCAGAAAUUAGGGGACACUCCCGGGGUGUCCUACUCUGAGAUAGCCAGUAAGGCCAUAGAAGUUGGCAAGGCAGAGUUAGCCAUCAGGUUGUUAGAUUUUGAGCCCAAAGCUGCUGAGCAGGUUCCCCUAUUGCUGAAGAUGAACAGAGAUCAACUGGCUCUAACCAAGGCUAUAGAGAGUGGAGACUCUGAUUUAGUAUAUACAGUCCUGUUGCGUUUGAAAGAUAACUUGAGCUCAGGAGAGUUCUUCUUGGCCAUCAGAAGUAUGCCUGCUGCUUAUGCCCUUUUCCAUCAGUACUGUCGUCAUCAGAACCGUAAGAUGUUACAAGAUCUCCUCUACCAGGAAGACAAUCAGCUGGAAUUGGCCAACUGUAAAGUGAUUGACAGUUAUGAUGAAGAGAGAAUUGAGGGUAAAUUGUCCUGCCUCCUUUCUGCACAAGAAGGAUAUACAAAAGCAAAGAGUGAAUUUGCAGCAAAGCAAACAGAGGAGCAGAUAAAACUGGUUCGUUACCAGCGUCGUUUAGAGGAGGAGAUGAACCAGCCAUUUCUUGAUCUGUCCUUGCAUCAAACUAUCUACAAACUCAUCAUGAGCAAUCACCCGAAACAGGCAGAGACACUGAGGAAAGAUUUCAAAGUUCCUGACAGACGGUAUUGGUGGUUAAGGAUUUCAGCUCUAGCAGAGGCUGGAGAUUGGCUGGAGCUAGACAAAUUUGGCAAAGGUAAAAAGUCACCCAUUGGAUUUGAGCCAUUUGUGGAUGUUUGCUUGAAGUACGGUAACCGUUUUGAAGCCUUGAAGUAUGUCCCAAAGCUUGCACCUGAGCAGAAGGCAAAGGGCUAUGUGAAAUGCGACAAAAUGCCGCAGGCGGCUGAGGCAGCUAUUGAGAACCGCAGUGAGUCUGACAUGAAGUACGUCCUUUCUAAAUGUGGUCCCAUGGACAAACAAACGGCUGACAAACUAAGGGAUAUGCUGGCUGGCAAGAAAUGAUGAGCUCAGCAUAAUACCAGACAUUCCAAACUCAGUCAGUGUAGACAAAUUGAGGAAGGGCACACUGGCUGGAAUUCAUAGUCAAAUGAUGUGGGUGUACAGACAGUGAGAAGGGAGGUAAUUCUUUCAGACCAUGCAUGUCCUUCAUCUCUGGGAUGUAUGCAAUGAGAGCCAGACUCAUGAUGAAUCAUUUAUAAUGAAUUUGACUUCAAAAUUCAAAGAGAACAUGAUAUGAGGCAAACUUGGUGUAACUACUCAGGCCAUAUUCUAAUUUCUUGCAACGUUUUGUGGUAAAUUCCUCAGCUGAAGGUGUGAUUUGAAGCGUCACUAAGUGCUAAUUCCUGUAUACUAAUUUGAUGAAGUACAGUAGUUAUGUAAAACAAAUAUAGUAGCAUUAAUAUAUAUGUAUAUAUAUGUACAUGUUAUAUGUUAAAUUUGUAAUUCAGUACUUGAGUAUGGCGUUAAACAUGAAUCAAAUCAAAAUUCUAAUUCAGUAUGAACAAAGAUCAUUUUUGCAUUUGAUGUCAUUGGCAUGUAUUUUCAAUCCUUAUGAUGUGGUACCAGCAUUCACGAGGCAGCCACUCCAAAUCACAGGAGAUUGGUGUAUACCUUGACACAUUAUGUAAUAUUAUUGUACAGGUGUGAAAUUUGUAACUGUAAGAUCAUUCAUUUUAAUUAUCCGUUAAUUACUUGCAUGUUACUGUGUGUAACACUUGUGCAAUAUUGCUGGAAUACCGGCAUCCUAUAAGAAUUAUGUGAGACCUUGAAAACAACAUUAAAUUGUUGUGGAAGCUGUAUAAUAAAGCAAACUAUGCCCCUUCAUAUGUAAGAUUUUCUUAAACAUUCAUAAAGGUGUCCGGCCCUAGAAAUUCAUUGGACGAGCAUGCAGGCCUAAGGUUAUUUGGCACAAGUUCAUGCUACAUGUUGUGCUAAAUCUAAGCUACCAAUCUUGGACUAUCCUGGGCCCCAUUCUGUAGUCAGUGAUCAUGAGCUAAGUUGAUUGUAAUUGUCAUGGUUUAAUGUAAAAUUUACACGUAUUCUAGAGUUGCUGUGUGGAACCUGGCAAGGGUAAAUGGCACAAACAUUUGUUGACUGGUACAGUGAUUGGUACACAUAUAAAAUGAUAUUGUUACAGUGAUUGGUUCAUAUAUAAAUACUACUGGUACAGUCAUUGGUACAUAUAUAAAUGAUACUGGUACAGUGAUUGGUACAUAUAUAAAUGAUGCUGGUACAGUGAUGGGUACAUGUAUAAAUGAUACUGGUACAGUGAUUGGUAAAUAUAUAAAUGAUACUGGUACAGUGAUUGGUACAUGUAUAAAUGAUGCUGGUACAGUGAUGGGUACAUGUAUAAAUGAUACUGGUACAGUGAUUGGUAAAUAUAUAAAUGAUACUGGUACAGUGAUUGGUACAUAUAUAAAUGAUACUGGUACAGAAAUUGGUACAUAUAUAAAUGAUACUGGUACAGCGAUUGGUACAUAUAUAAAUGAUACUGGUACAGUGAUUGGUACAUACAUGUAUAUAAAUGAUACUGCUACAGUAAUUGGUACUCAUAUUAAUGAUACUCGUACAGCGAUUGGUACACAUAUAAAAGAUACUGGUACAGUGAUUGGUAAAUAUAUAAAUGAUACUGGUACAUUGAUUAAUUUGUGAAUGUAGAAGAUAAUACAUAACAGUAAUCAUAUUUCCAGUCAUAAAUUGAAAUUACAUAUGUGGUGCUAAGUAAAUAAAUUGCGUGAAAAUGCACUCAGUAUUCAUUGUUUCUAUGACAUACAUGUUUAUUGUACAGGCAUGACAGGAAUAUAGAAAGUCCAUGUUUUUUGUAUCAACCUCUGCAAGAGUAAUGGAGGCCUUUCCACUGUUGAUGAUGCAUUUUGUGUAUGUGUAAGCCAUCAUCAAUGUUUGAAAAAUGUAAUGUACAUAUACGUGUAUUGCUCAUAGAGUAUAAGACUAUACUAUUGAUAUUUACAUGUGUACAAACUAUGUACAUUGCUUGGAGCAAUGUUUUGAGGUAUAUACGUGUCGUAUUAUAGGUGCAUAUGUACGUGUUUGUGUUCCUGUAUAGGGGUUUUUGUGACAUCUCCCAGUGGGGUAGAAAUUGUCCAUCUGUAAUGCACAGUUGCAUCCUCAAGUACUUUUCUCCUGUGUAUGUCCAUGGUUCUAAUCAUGAAUUAUAAUUAAGACCUCAUCAAGCAUGCUUGGAUCUCUGUUGCAGUAUGAAGGAAUUUCUUCAAAUUAAAUAAAAGAAG